UGUUAGCAAUUAAAAUAAACAAAGUGUUGGAUGAUGAUGUGGUAUGAAUUCAUUUGCCACUAACAGUUCAAUCUAAAUCAUUUCAGAACACCUUACGUUACUUAUUCGCUGGCCGACUAUGCUGCCCAUUUUCGUGUUCGUAGUUUUUUCUGUGGCGAGUUUUAUUGUCAUUGUUGGAGGAAGUAUGGAAACUUACGAAUGUCAGCACUUCCAACUGCCCGACGCGGGAGACGCAGGCGGCCUUCAGUGCCUCCAAUACAGUAGGUACUUCUGUCUGACUGGCUACUGGGUGGAGGCAACGCAGUCUGACAGGGGGUUCGAAAUAACAGACAAGGCGGAUUUCGUCGAAUUAGUGAGAGGAACUUACGAGAGAGUAAACUGGUUCUCAUUCGAACAGAGAGAGCCAGGAGGCUGCUGUGAGUUCCAGUCUCAAGUUUAUCUGCAACAUGGCCAACCCAAAGGCCUCUCCCCUCUCCAGUAUUUCGCAAAGACUACAGAUUUCUCUUCACACAACAAAAAGCUCAACUUCAUCGGAGCAAGGUACGACGCGGCUUUGUGCGCCAAUGUGAUUUCACGAGUGGGUUUUGGGACAGGGAGGCCGAAAAUUUACGGUUUCAGACCCGACAGCGUGGCGUUGAUCCGAGGCAGUGAUCACCACACAGUGCACAUAUUCAGGCUCCAAUUCAUAAUCGGUGAUCUCAGUUAUGAUUGGUUCAAGCAUACUAUAUUGUGCAGAGCUCAUCCCUGGAUUUGUGAAGAGCAUCCAUUAAGCCGAACAAGCAGAUCUACAAAGUGAUUGAUCGCAACUACAAUGAUAAAGUCAAGAAAAACAAAUACUUUUUGAAAUUUAUCAAU